UAGGCCCCCCUCAACCUAUAGUCGGUUAGUCUGUGCCUUAGCGCUGGCCGAAAGAGUGGAUGACUGCUACUACCUGGAUAUAAACUAUAUUGGGAUGAUCUUCAGGACUGUACUCCUGGUAUUUCUUGGGUGCGAGUUGGUCUCUGCUGAGUUAGAGAUCAUCAACCAAUGGAACCUUUUUGACUUUGACAUCCCCUACAACUACCCUACCAAUGCCAACUACUCUACCUCGCAGAGUCCGACCACGGGUCUAGAGAUUGGCUGGGAGAGGAUAUUCCUCUCUCUGCCCAGGUUUAUGCCAGGAGCUCCCCUCAGCUUAGCCUUCAUACCUCGCAACCGACCUGGCGGCUAUUCAGAACUCUCCCCUAAACUACAACCCUACCCCAGUUGGGACUGGCACAGAGAUGCCGCCGCUGGCGAAGUUGGGGGCGACAACUGCACAGGAAUGCUCUCAGUCUUCCGCACACGUCUGGACCGCUGCAAUCGUCUCUGGGUAUUGGACAGUGGAGUCAUGGACUCCUUAGUCAACUUCAGAGUUGCCUGUCCUCCCAAGAUCCUCAUCUUCGACCUCACUACUGACACUCUAAUCCGUAGUAUCACUCUUCCUCCUGAAGUCCUUCGGCCCAACACUCUGUUGACCAAUCUCGUGCUGGAUGACCAGAAUGAGGGCCUGGAUGGUCACGCUGCCAGUUGCGAUAACAUCUUCGUGUACAUGAGUGAUACUACCAACCCUGGCCUGGUCGUCUAUGAUGCCAGAAGAGAUUCUGCCUGGAGGCUCGGUAACCCCGCGUUUUUCCCUGAACCUGACUGGGGUACUUUUAGGGUUGCCGGAGAAUACUUCACUCUGAUGGACGGAGUCAUCGGCCUCGCCCUGUCUGCCCCUGGUCCAGAACGCACACUCUACUUCCAAGCGUUCGCCUCCAACCGUAUCUCCUCCAUACCGACAUCCGUCCUCAAGGCUGGCCCCAACAACGGCGAUGACAGUGACCUGCCUGUGACUCUGGUGGGUCAUAAGAGCUCCCAAGCUGCUCCUAUCGCUGUCGACCUCAGAGAUGGUUCAUUGGUGUUCUGCCCAGUCAGUGAGACCGCACUGGCUGCUUGGACACCCGGCUCCCAAGACCACAGGGUUCUUGCGCACGAUCCUGAGCAACUCCAGUUCGUCUUGGACAUCCGUUCUGCAGAGAGGGACCGUGGUGAGUUGUGGGUCGUCUCCACAAGACUCCAGAAAUUCCUAAGACGGACCAUCAGUCCACAAGAGGUCAACCUGAGGAUCAUGAGAGUAGCUGUCACGCCCACCCCUGUCCAUCCUUCCCAUCCUGCCCCUGUCGCACCCGUCGUGCCCAGUCCUGCUCCUGCACCCUAUGGAAACUUCCUCCACUACUAAGAUCAGGAAUGAAACUCGUCAAAAUGGAUAGUACCUAAUGUAAUGUAGACAGUGAUAUACUUUUUAAAAUAACAAAUUAGUCCAGAAAAAGUCCAAAGUUCCAUGCGUGUUGGAAACCUGAGUUUUAUUGUGUUGGAUAUAUUCACGCUUGGAAUAUUUGAUUUUUUCAUCUACGUUAAGGGUGAAAAAGCAUUUUCCUUGGUAAAAUAAACAAUAGAUAUUGUAAAUGUUUUCAUUACUUUGUAUAUGCGGUUAUAUAAUGUAAUGUUGUACAAUGAUACUAAGCAGUUAUUUAGUAAUAACGAUAAAAUAAGAUCAGUGGAAUGUCAAUUAAAAAGUUUUGCAAUCUACUUGUUAACCAUGGAUAUUAGAAAAUAUAAUUGCAUGGAUAAUAAACAAGUUACGUUACUGGCCCGAAAGUCAGUGUUUGUAACAAUAUUUGAGUGGAUCUGCUAAAAACUUUACGUUUAUAUUUUAUUAGUAUAUAUUCGGGCCAGCGACGUCAUCUGUUUGUGUUUAUGAUCAAUAUUGAUUUGUAGAGUCAUUUUGUAGAAUUAUAAAUCCAUGAAAUGUGCAAGUAGUUACUAGGUGAAACCAUCAUAUAAUGAUACCAGUGUUAAUUAUAUGGGGGGAUAUAGUCUUCAAAACAAAACCCACCAAUGUUAACUUUAUAAAGAAGUAAAUAAUAUAAAAACAAUAUUUGAACACAAACAAAGCCAACAGAUAUUUAAACAACUUCCAAUUCCAUUGAUAAGUUAUUCCAAUUCUUGCUGCACUUAGUAGUAGGAUAUUUAUUUUUAUGACAGAUUAAAGCUUUUUGUUGCCAAUGAAAAUAAUAUAAUAGACUUAAGCAAAACAGUUGAUACCUUUACAAAUUUUCCCCUUUCAUAACGGGUAAGACUACGGUAAUAACAAUCCAUGAAAAUAUUAUUAGCAAGUAAAUUAGAGGUAAAAUUCAAUUUUAAUUAUAGAUUUGGAUUACCUAACUAAAACUCGCUCGUGUUAUCAAAACAAUACAGAAUGCAUAGAUCAAUGAAGUCCAGGAUAAACAAAACAAAAUAUUUUCAUAAAGCACUAUUAAUUGGUUUGAAUCCCUUAGAGAAAAAAAAAUAUUGUAUUUAGUGAUUCUUCUAGCACACGUAGCGAGUAAUAUUACGAAAUGAUUUAUAAUUUAAUAAUGUAUCAUAUUAAUAAUAUAAUUAAUAAUGUAUCAUACAUUUGAAACCAAUACCUAUUGGAUACUUUACCAGAUUGUCUUUCAAAUAGUUUUACUUUUUAUUUAACCCAUUUUCAAAUUUUAUAUCGAAAAAAUGUUAUAUUAAUUAUGUGAUCUUCAUGAUGAAAUAUUAACAUUGGUCCCAGUAUAUUAAAUUAUGUGUAUUCACAUUCUUCUACUAAACAAUAUGUUUUCUAAUAUUGUUUCAAAACCCUAUGACAAAAUUAAAUCUUGAAACAUCUCAAAUCAAAUAUCUACAUAAACCCGUUGUGCCAACAGUAGUUUCCCAAGAUGUAGACAUUUUCCUCCAAUCGUGCCAAACCCUUAUAAUACUUAAUCAAGUAAAGAUAUUAAUUUCAGUGUUUUCCAUACUGUCUUUACAUUAGUGAUUGUUAGUUUUAUCUAACCUAUCAUACGUAAUUUUUUAGAUAGCUUGUAUAUACUGUAUAAAUGUAGUUGGGGUGUUUUUGUACUUUUGUAAAUUAAAACUUAUCAUUCUCUCAAAAAA